AUAGCAGGCUAGUUCAAUAAGAUAGAAUAAGUUCAGUUUCACCCUCCGCCCUGGGUUUUCUCUCUAGAAAUUGAGAGUCGGUGGCUCUCAUCUCGCCCACCAUGGGCGCUUUUGCCCGGAGCUCGUCUCCGAUCUGAGGUCAUGUGCCUCUCCUUUCCUUUUAUUGUCUUUCCCUUUAUGUUGAUUGCCCUGACUUGUAUAUAUGCUCCUUGGAGCUCGUUUCAAAACGGGGUCUGCCCGUUAGUGCACCUGGUGAUGCUACAAGGGUCUGAACAUCCUAUGGAUGCCUGUCCCUUCGAUCCCUUUGUGGAUCUCACCUCCCUCUCUUUUCAACUGGUUUUUCUGGUUGAUCUGUUGGCAGAAGAUGUUCUCCGUUUCGGAGAUGGUUUGAGAUUUGGGUUUCUUCUCUUUGAAUCUGGUUUGCUGUUGGUUGGGUGUUCGAUCGGAACUAUGAUGGGUCUGCCUGGUUUAGGCCCCGUUGUCUUUCUUUGUUGGUGCGUUCUGAGAUAUCUCGAUCUUCUUGGUCGUGUAGCUUGGUAUUCUCUCCAUGGCAGCGAUGCAGUCGAUGUCACGGUGCUGUCCUCCUUGCUGAGAUACUCCUUGGGCGGCUUCUGUGUUGUAGUUUGGAUGAGGCCAAUUCAUCAGGCAUAUUUCCCAGCUAUUGGAGAAGAACGUGAAAAGGCAGCAAAACAGUAUCAAGAAGUUUUGAAAAUCUUGGAAGAUCAAUGCCUUGGAGACCAGAGGUUCUUCGGUGGUGAAACUAUAGGUAUGGUGGAUAUAGUAUAUGGAAUGCUAGCUUACUGGUUUGAGUGCAUGGAAGAAGCGGUGGGGGUGAAAGUUAUAGAGCCCAGCAUUUUGCCUCGCUUGCAUGCAUGGGUUAAGAACUUGAAGCAAGUAUCUGUGAUUAAUGAUAACCUUCCUCAUCAUGGAAAACUGCUUGCCUAUUACAAAACUUCAAGAGAGAAAUUGGUUUCAGCCCGUAGUACUCUACCCACUCCCAGUAAUCAUGAUGCUAGCUAGUUUUGUGCUUUAUGUUAUAAGUCUAAUGUUUUGUGCCUUUUCUUUUUAUGAAUAAAUUGUGUGUAUUAUAUAUUGAAGAUCAAAUGCAAUAAGAGGGCUCUUACAGUCUUAA